AGCAGCCCCACAGUAGGUUUGUCAUUUGUUCGUUGAUAUUAGUUUGCAUGAGAACAGGUUUCUUAUCGAGAGAUGCAAUUCCCGUCAGUCAGAUAUAUGGUGAUGCUGGUUGUCAUAUGUUGUACUAACGUCACUCCGAGCUGUGAUCUAUCCCAGCAGUCUCGCUUGUUCAAGAAUUACAGGCUUAAUGACGUCGAAAUCGCUAAUGACGUCAUACUCAGAGUAGGCGGAGUCAGAACGUACAUGAAUUGCGCAUGGAAAUGCCAAGAGAACCUUCACUGCGUCUCGUUUUCCUACCGUCAUAAUGGCACGUGUCUCUUGCAUGCUGCGAGGUUUACGAACAACGCCAGUUAUCUCCCUUUGACAGGAUGGAGUCACUACUCUGCUGAAUUAGAUCCGUGCCCAACAGAGGACGGAUAUGUGCUGCUUGACAGCGUGAACGUGUGCUUUAAGGCGUUCAACCAGAAGAAAUCGGCCAAUGAUGCACGUGACAUUUGCAGCCAAUCAGGUGACAGAUUGAUUAUCCUGGACACAGCAGAGAAAAACACAGCUGUCAGUGACUACAUGGUAGUACAUCCAGGUUCAGAUUUCUAUAUCAUCGGACUGAGGGACGAACAGACGGAAGGUGUGUACAUCUGGAACAGCGGAGUGACAGCUACUUUCUUGAAGUGGAAUGAUGGUGAACCAAACAGUCAGGGCGGGAAUGAAGACUGCGUAGUAUUGCAAACGUCGAGGAGUUCAUUCCAUGACAUCACUUGUACAGAUGCAAGACAUUUCAUGUGUGAAAAAGUAAUCUGAUCACCAACCUUGGUAGUGUCCUACACAUAGACUUGCAUCUUAUUCAUGUUGAUUUCGUUUUUCUCCCACACAAAAAAAUCUAAAUGUUCAAUGUGUUAUCGGAUCGUUCUCCGCUCUUGAGCACGCUUAUGGGGAGACAAGAGCAUAACACAUCAAGCGGCCAAACAAAGACUGAAAUUGCAUGUCUUUUGUUUUUAUUCAAAUUCACUCUACAUAUAACGCGAAAUUUGAUUGGCUAAUCAAAUCAACAAGUCAAAUAUAGGUACCCCCUUGUAUCCAAAACGAUUGGCUAAUCAAAUCCAUUUGCGACCGUAAAACGAGAAUUAACUUGUUGUACCUUUGUGUCAUUCACCGAGAGCCUAUUUAUAUAUUCAUACGCUACUUCUCACUCAUUUGGUGGACGUACUUACUUUUAAAAUAUCAACGUUGAAUUUAUUUUUAAAGCAAAAUGCGUGCUUCUCUAAAUUUUAUGACGUAAAUGCUGGUUAUGAAUGUUUGUGGGAUGUCAUGUGUGUAACGCUGACAGGAAUUCUAAAGUAAGUAACGACAAGUAUGCCGAACUAUGAAUACAGUGCUGUCCGGUGUAUCGGCGCACCUAAGCAUUCAAGGACCAUUUUCUAUGUGAACACUGUGAAAUACUUAAUAAAAUGUGUCUCACCAAU